AUGCCAUGCGUUAGGCUAACCCCAUCUUUCGCGACCAUUUUGCUUUUCUACGUCUGCUUACUGAAGUACUUUAAUACUGGUCCAAUAUGGCCCGAUCUCAUACAGGAGACUACAAAGAUGUGCAAACAGUCUUGGUGGCAAAAUCUUUUAUACAUCCAAAACUACGAUGACCUAUUUAACUUGUGCAUUCCAGAAGCAUGGUAUCUUGCAGUUGAUAUGCAAUUGUUCCUAAUCGCACCUGUUCUGCUCUUAGGAUUAAGAAAAUGGCCAAGGAUUGCGUUACUUGCUUUAACGGCGUUGAUCCUUUUAAGCAUCGCCAGUUGUUCCAUAACAAGCUGGGUCUUUGACAUUCAGAGGACGGGAGUGUAUCCAUCCCCCGCCAUGAAGUUCUACUAUACUGCAACUCAUGCUAGAGCAUCGCCUUGGCUUCUAGGUUUUAUAUUGGGGUAUAUUAUGAGUAAAUAUUCUAAAGAAAAAGGUCCUCCCAAUAUUGAUUAUAGGGCUGCGCUAAUAACAUGGAUGCUAGCACUGGUGGUAUUCGGUGUAUGCGUUUUUGUAGGGUCUGAUGAAAACUUUGCUUCGCAUGAGCGGAUAAAUAACUUAUUUUACAAUUCCUUUCGACGCCCCGCAUGGGCGUUGGCGAUGUGUUGGGUGAUAUUUAGUUGCCAUUUUGGAUUUGGAGGUAAUGUGACCUAG